AUGUUGACCAUAAGUCAAGCUCUUGUAGCAGUGGCUGUGUUUCUCCUAAUUACGCAGUUUUUUAAGUUGCAGCGAGCGCGGAGAUGGUUUCCUCCUGGACCAGUCCCUCUCCCAGUCCUUGGGACGCUGAUACAGCUGAACUUUCAGUUUAAUCGUGAUCUCCUCAUGAAGCUGGCAAAAAUUCAUGGCAACAUAUUCACUUUAUGGUUUGGAUGGGCUCCAGUGGUGAUACUGAAUGGAUUUCAAGCAGUGAAGGAUGGCAUGACCACACAUCCUGAAGAUGUUUCUGGGAGGCUGGUGUCACCUUUCUUCAGAGCAAUGGCCAAAGGAAAAGGAAUUAUGUUGGCAACUGGUCACACCUGGAAGCAGCAGAGAAGAUUUGCUCUGAGGACUUUACGCAACCUUGGUCUGGGGAAAAGAGGUCUGGAGCACCGAGUUCAGGAAGAAGCCCACUACCUGGUAGACUUCUUUGCAAGUAUGAAAGGGAAACCUGUGGAUCCUUCUUUCCCUCUUGUCCAUUCUGUCUCAAAUGUCAUUUGUGCUGUUGUGUUUGGACAUCGUUUCUCCAGAGAGGAUGAGACCUUUCAUGAGCUGAUUAAAGCUACAGAACAUGUCUUCAAAUUUGGGGGCAGCUUUAUUCAUCAUCUCUAUGAAAUCUUCCCCUGGCUGAUGAGCCGUCUCCCUGGGCCUCAUAAGAAGGCAUUGGCUUGUUAUGAUGUCCUGAGCAACUUCACACGGAGAGAGAUCCAAAUGCACACAGAGCGUGGGACACCAGAGGAACCGCAGGAUUUCAUUGACUACUACCUCGACCACAUUGAAAAAUCCAAAGAUGAACCCAGGUCAACAUACAAUGAAGACAACAUGGUUUAUUCUAUAAAUGACCUUUUCUUGGGUGGAUCAGAGACAUCAAGCACUACUUUGAACUGGGGCCUGCUCUACAUGGUGGCAUAUCCAGACAUCCAAGAGAAUGUGCAGAAGGAGCUGGAUGGUGUUCUGGGUCCCUCCAAGUUAAUCUGUUACGAGGAUCGGAGAGAGCUGCCAUACACAAACGCUGUGAUUCAUGAGAUCCAACGCUUCAGCAACAUUAUCUCGGUUGGCAUGCCCAGGGUGUGUGUGAGGAACACAACUUUGCUUGGCUUUCCCCUCAAAAAGGGCACCAUAGUUCUUCCAAAUAUUGCUUCAGCUUUGUAUGACCCAGAGCAGUGGGAAACACCUCGACAGUUCAACCCUGGUCACUUCUUGGACAAGGAUGGAAACUUUGCUGCCCAAGAAGCCUUUUUACCAUUCUCAAUAGGGCACCGGGUGUGUUUGGGGGAGCACUUAGCAAGGACCGAGCUCUUCAUUUUCUUUGCCAGCCUGCUGCGGGCGUUCACCUUCCGGCUCCCUGAGGGAGUGACAGAGAUCAACACUGAGCCCCUUCUGGGGGGCACUCUGCAGCCUCACCCCUACAGGGUUUGUGCCAUUCCACGCUAGGCUGGACAUGUGCAAGGUGUCACAGACCAUCUGUGAAACAUCUUUCUUAUUUUCCUGAAUUUAUCUUUUGAGACCAUAUAAUGCUUUUUGUAUUGGAUUUGAAUUUCUAGUUCAAAAGCCACCUUUUGUUUACAGUAGGUAAUUUUAUUUAGACCCUGUUACCUGCAAAUGAAGGUGAUUUUUUUUUGUGGUAAAAAUUCUUUUGAUCUGUAA